GAGCGCCGGGGUUCCGGGGAAGAGGGCCACGUGGUGUGUGAGAAUCGAACGUCCCGGUUGUCCGUGGAACCAUGUCCGCGAGAAACAACAAUAGGUUGCCUAGUAACUUACCGCAGCUGCAGAACCUGAUUAAGAGGGACCCGAGCUCUUACACAGAGGAGUUCACACAGCAGUAUCAUCACUACCAGUCUAAUGUGCGGAUUUUCAGACUGCAGCCAGACAAACCAAGUAAAGAACUCUCUGACCUGGUGAUGUUUCUGGCACAAGUUGCUCACUGUUACCCAACGGAACUUGCUGACUUUGCCCAGGAAUUGAAAGACCUCCUUUUCUCCCACCACACAAUUCUGGAUCCAGACUUGCGAAUGACGUUCUGUAAAGCUUUGAUUUUGUUGAGAAAUAAGAACCUCCUGAAUCCCACAAAUUUGCUCGAGUUGUUCUUUGAGCUCCUGAGGUGCCAUGACAAACUCCUGCGAAAGACCCUGUACAUGCAUAUCGUGACUGAUGUUAAGAAUAUCAAUGCCAAACACAAAAACAACAAAAUGAACACAAUUUUGCAAAACUUCAUGUACACCAUGUUGAGGGACAGCAACCCCAUAGCAGCCAAGAUGUCCCUGGAUGUAAUGAUAGAAUUGUACAAAAGAAAUAUCUGGAAUGAUGCAAAAACUGUGAAUGUCAUUACAACGGCUUGCUUCUCAAAAGUGACCAAGAUUUUAGUUGGAGCUCUGAAAUUCUUUCUGGGUAAAGACGAAGACGAGAAGAAUGAGAGCGAUUCAGAAUCAGAGGAUGAAGGUCCAACAACACGAGAUAUAGCCAUAAAAUAUUCCACAGCAAAGAAAACUACAAAAAACAAAAAGAAACUGGAAAAGGCUAUGAAAGUCCUAAAAAAACAUAAAAGGAAGAAUAAGGCAGAAGUAUUUAAUUUUUCAGCUAUUCAUCUGAUUCAUGAUCCACAAGGUUUUGCAGAAAAACUUUUCAAACAGUUAGAAGAUUCUAAGGAAAGAUUCGAAGUUAAGAUGAUGUUGAUGGAUCUAGUAUCAAGAUUAAUUGGGAUCCAUGAGUUAUUCCUGUUUAACUUCUACCCAUUCAUACAACGUUUUCUUCAACCACAUCAAAGAGAUGUGACCAAAAUCCUUCUCUAUGCAGCACAAGCCAGUCAUCAGCUUGUUCCACCAGAGAUUAUCCAAACAAUGGUGAUGACGAUAGCAAACAACUUUGUUACAGAUCGAAAUUCUGGUGAAGUUAUGACAGUUGGGAUUAACACCAUCAAAGAAGUAAGUGCGCGAUGUCCACUUGCCAUCACAGAAGAUCUGCUCCAGGACCUUGCUCAGUACAAGACACACAAAGAUAAAAAUGUAAUGAUGUCAGCCAGAUCCUUGAUUCACCUUUUCAGAACAAUGAACCCUCAGAUGUUGCACAAGAAAGACAGGGGCAAACCUACAGAAGCCUCAAGGGAAGCCAAAUGCCAUGAAUAUGGUGAACUAGAUGCGAAAGACUACAUUCCUGGUGCAGAAGUGCUGGAAGAGGAAGGUGAAGGAGAUGAUGAUGGAUGGGAGAGUGCAAGUUCAGAUGAGGAGGGUGAUGAUGAAGAUGAGGAAGGGUGGAUUGAUGUUCAUCAUUCUUCAGAUGAAGAGCAGCAGAAAAAGAUGGCCGAGAAGAUGAGUUGUCUACCUCCAGAAGCACGGAAAGUCAAAGCUGCAAUCAUCAGUGCCAGCCGAGUACUAACACAGGAAGAUUUUAAGAAAAUCCGUCUGGCCCAAAUCGCUAAAGAAAUUGAUGCUGCCCCAGGCAAAAGUCAAAAAAGAAAAAUUGAUGAGGAUGACAGUGAUGAAAGCGGAGGAGAGCAGCUUUCACUGCGAAAUAUAGAACGUCUCCAUAAAAAACCUAAAUCAGACAAAGAAACUCGAUUAGCAACAGCAAAGGCAGGAAGAUCUGAGAGAAAUGAAUACGUGAGAAAAAGAAUCAAGUUGAAUCCUUAUGCAAGCACAACCAACCAGGAUAAGAAAAAGAAGAAGAACUUUAUGAUGAUGAGAUACAGUCGUAAUGUGAGAUCAAAAGGCAAACGGUCGUUCAGGGAAAAGCAGAUUGCUCUGCGGGAUGCUCUCUUGAAGCGAAAAAAACACUCGAAAUGAAUCCAGAAAAUUUAGGACACUUCCGGAAUUGUAUUAUUUCCAAUCAAAAUAUACAUGUUACAACGGAAACAAAAUCUCUCACGAUGGAGAAUAAUUCUGAAGCCUUGAAUAUAUUCUGUUUCUUAAUACAGAAUUUUUGUACUAUAAUUGAUCUGUAAAAUAAAAUAACUUUAAAAUCACAA